GCGCGAACACCUGCCACAAGAGCCAUGUACUGCAGCAACGACAACCUGCUUCACAAUGCGAAAAAGAUCAGCAGCGACACCAUCGACAUGAAUGCGUCGUCGUCGACCGUACACUACGGCAGCACCCAUUCGUCAUCUCGCUUCUGCUUUGGCAACGACGAGUCUGUGCUCGAGCGCCUACGGCAAGCACGUGAGGAGAACCCCAAGGAGGUGGCGGCUGCUGUGUGGACCCUCUGCUUGAGCCACGGUGUCUUCGCACUCAUUGUCUUGGCAACCUUCCUCGUUCCUGCUGCGUCGAUCGUAAUAGGUGCACUGACUAUCCACGAGUGUCCGCGACAGCCCAUGGUUCCGGUGUUGCUGCUACUGGGCGGCCUGCUGGCUCUCGUCAACGGGGUCGCCAACUUGGUGGCCCGCUCGGGCCGCCUCUACCCGACCGAAGACGAACGUCAAGAGCUGGGCGCCGCCACGGCUCUGCUCAACGUGGCGCUCUUCUUCGUCUUCAUUGCCGGGUGCGUAUACGUCUAUGGCAGCCUUUGGCCAUCCUGGGAGCGUGCGAGUGGCGACUACUGUUCGCCGACGGCUUUCUACUUUUCCUUCUGGCUGCACACCGGCCUGUUCAUCUUCCUGGGACUCCUGCUAGCCACCUCUCAGCUGGGGCUCCUAUGCAAGCGCUGCUGAGAUGAGCCCACCACUGUGUACACAUCACCAGAAUUUCACUGCAAUAAAUUGAUGCUUUCAUCAGCGGCUUGAGGUGCGCUUCAUCAGCACCUACUCUGUGGAAGAG